AUGGACGUAGUAUACGCUCUGAAACGACAAGGACGUACUCUGUACGGUUUUGGGGGUUAGAAUACACUGUAAUCCCUGAUCAACACUUAAACCAACGGCUCUUUUAGGAGCCAACAAAUGUAUGAAAAGCUCUGACCAAUACGUGAUAAGAGAAUUUGUUUUCAUUACGAUCAUUGCUGAAGGUUUAUAUACAUAUCAACAAGUCAACAUACACCUGAAAUCGAUUCAGCGCUUUAUUUACUGGGUGCGUCCACGCCAGUUUUUUUUUUUUUUUAGUGACUUUACAGCAGCGCAGUCGUUACUUAUACAGGGAAAUUAUUUUUUUUCCCGUCUAGAUUAACCUCAUAGCUCUUUGCGGGGCAUACAAUACUGUAAAGCUUUUGUCUUUAAUUAGUUAGUGAAUAAACUGUUGUUGUUGUACGUUGUUGUUGUGGCAGAAUUAAGAGAGCAAGCUGGUUUGUGUCGUUACCGACGACGGUUUAUAACUGUGUUAGUUUAUUUUACGUAAACAGCUUGUGUACCGAAGGAAAUCACGACGAUCUCUUGUAAUUUUUAGGCAAAGAAAACAACAUUUCAAGCUCAGUAGUAGCAGCAAUGUUUGUUCCCGGUUGGUAGGAAUGCGAUUAAUUGUGUACUCGUUUAAAAGAGCAGAAAGUUGUUCGAUUGUCGCUUGGUAUGUACCUCGAAGUUCGUAUAAAAACCUGUUGGAAACAGCGCGAAUGAAACCUGCAUAGAAAGCAAACGCAAUUUCAACUUUCAUGAUAUAAUCACAUCAGUCUUUAAAUUCAUGUUACACCGAGCUAAACUGACCUAAGACUGGUUUCAGUUUUCAAGCAAUGCUGUGGUUGCUGUUGUUUGUUUCUUACAUGCGAUAGCCGAAAUAGCGCUAAAUAUGCUUUGGUAUACGCAUUUAUGAACAAAACUAGCAACAUGGAACCAUGCAAAAACAAAUAGAAAUAGCGAGUUUCCGCGAGACAUAAUUAUUUGUGGCUAAGUAUCGAUCGAGUUAUUAACCCCAAACUUAGACGGCGAAUACUAUUUGGGGGGUAGAUUACAAAUUUAUAUCGUGAUUGGUCAUGACUUUAUUCUAGACUUGGUGGCUCCUAAAAGAGCCGUUUGUAUUUAUGGUUGUUGCCGUCGCUUAGUGUUGUUUCUUCUCUGUCUUUUUAGGUAGUAAUACUGCCUGAAUGUUGGGAAGAACACCGCCUUGAGCGAUGGUGACACCGGCAAGGAGUUUGUUUAAUUCUUCGUCAUUUCGCACAGCCAACUGGAGGUGACGAGGAAUGAUUCUUGACUUCUUGUUGUCGCGUGCUGCGUUUCCUGCUAACUCGAGGAUCUCAGCACUCAGAUACUCAAGUACGGCAGCCAAGUACACGGGAGCACCGGCUCCGACGCGUUCAGCGUAGUUGCCUUUACGAAGAAGGCGAUGGAUGCGACCAACAGGAAACUGUAGACCUGCCCUGGAAGAACGAGUCUUUGACUUGGUGCCCUGGGCUUUACCUUUUCCUCGUCCGGUCAUUUUGUCGAGUAACUCGUAUCUUAAGUUUCAGUUUAAGUUUCAGGAGACUGUUUUCCAAGACAUGACUUCGGCCGCCAUAAUUUAUCACGCGCGGACUGCGUUUCGUGGAUCAGAUUGCACCAAUCAAAAGUCUUACAUUGGCUCAUAAAAGAAAUUCUAGCCUUGCAAUUGUUCUCUUUGUGUCGAUUGGCGGCACGCUCCAUUGUUUACACCGAGAAAAAAAAAAAGACACCAAUCACCGACGAGAACUUGCGAUCCGCAUAUUAAUUGAUCCUAUUGAAUUUGGCAACAUAAAUAGAAACUGUGAUAUCCCGAAUUACCAAACUCUAUUUCGAAAAGGCAGAGAUAUCUUUCUUUACCAUGGCACCUAAACCGAUUGCAGCUAAAAAGGGAGAGAAGAAGAGCGGCGGUAAGGCAAAAUCCACGUCGGGCGACAGUACGAAAAAACGGCGAUCGAAACGGAAGGAGAGUUAUGCGAUCUACAUCUACAAAGUGUUGAAGCAGGUACAUCCUGACACCGGAAUCUCCAGCAAAGCAAUGGGUAUCAUGAACUCUUUCGUGAACGAUAUCUUUGAGCGCAUUGCUACAGAAUCCUCCCGUCUAGCCCACUACAACAAGAAGUCCACUAUCAGCUCCCGCGAGAUUCAGACAGCCAUCAGACUGCUCCUUCCAGGAGAACUCGCAAAGCACGCAGUCAGUGAGGGUACCAAGGCCGUCACGAAGUACACUAGUAGCAAGUGA